CCGGCACAAAUUCCUACUCUCUGGUUCGGUAGUUCGGCAGCAAGUGGCAAGAAAAACGCAAUUUAGAGGCCAUACCCAUCGCUUCAUACACGAAGCUACGUUGAGAUGAACAAAUCCAAAAUGCGAUUGACGUGGCAGCGAGAGCAGAUUAAUAAUCUAUUACUGACAUUUGCUCUGAUUUGUUGUUGCUGCUUGAUCAACGUUGCCACAGCGCAAGAGGCGCAACAGCCAUGGUAUGAGAAUCUGCCAGCAGUGGCUAUGGAUUACAAGGUCCAUAUAGACGCUGGAAAGGAAGAUUGCUAUCACCAGUACGUGCAGGCGGGAGCCACAUUCUACGUUUCCUUCAGUGUGGUGCGUGGCGGCGAUGGCAUGGCCGGUUUCGCUGUUCGCAAUCCAGCCAAUGAGGUGGUGAAGCCCUACCAGUGGCAGGCCACGGCGGACUACACCGAUCAGGUGUCGCCCGGCGGCUACUAUUCCGUCUGCAUAGACAACCAGUUCUCGCGGUUCGCUGGCAAGCUGGUAAACAUUUACAUCACGGUGGUGAAGUACGACGCCUGGGACAAGUACGCCAAAGAGAUUGAGCAGCUGCAGCUGAACAUGCAAAACUUUACAGCGACCAUCGGUACUGUGGAGCGCAACAUCAACGACAUGAUGGGCUAUCAGGCGCAUAGCAGGCAUCGUGAGGCCCGCGACUAUGCUCUGCUUUUGGAUAAUAACUCCUACAUACAGACUUUCUCGCUAAGUCAAAUUGUGGUCAUAUUGAUCACAUGCUCCAUACAGGUGUUCUUUGUGCGCAAACUGUUUGAUGUGAAAUCGAAUUCAAAGAGUCGCAUUUAGAGAUUUACGGAUAUGCCGCACAAGGACUUACUAAUUUCUUUUUAUACCUUCCUUCCCAUCCGCACAUUUCCAAUACAUUCAUUCAACCGAAUGAAGGCUGAAUUCCCUUCGCAUUUUUGUAAUUAAUUUUAUCACUGGCUAAACAGAACAAGUGCAAACUAUGCAGACAUAUGUAUGUAUAUAUAUGAAACUACUUAUUAUGUGUCUUGCGAGUUACAUAUAUACAACAAAAACUUAUUGUGAUAAGUGUAAAUGAGUGUGUGUUUUGUUCAAUCAAAAUAUUGAAUAAUUUUGUAC